CAGUGUGUGUGUGUGUGUGUGUGUGUGUGUGUGUGUGUGUGUGUGUGUGUGUGUGUGUGUGUGUGUGUGUGUGUGUGUGUGUGUGUGUGUGUGUGUGUGUUAGACAGAUGCAUUUCGCAAUCGGUCAUAUGAAGACGAUAAACUGCGUGAAGGCGGCUCAGAGGGGCUUAAAACAUCACAUGCACGUCCACAGAGGGGCCUGUGCGUGUGCGUGAGUGUGUGCGUGUGUGUGUGUGUGUGUGUGUGUGUGUGUGUGUGUGUCCGGAGAACCCUGGAUUUUACCUUCUCAGGACUGGAACAGUUGAAACAGGGUCCAUGGAGGAGCUGGAGCCGGAGGAGCAGUUCCUGCGAUUCGCCCGGAACGGAGAUCUGCCGGGGAUUCAGAGGCUCCUCAUGUCCACGAUAAAGGAGGAGACGCACAUCAACAUAAACUGCAGAGGAAAGAGAAAGUCUAAUCUCGGAUGGACACCUCUUCACUUGGCCUGUUACUUUGGACACAAAGAUGUGGUGGAGGAGUUACUGAAGGCAGGUGCAGAUGUUAACUUGCCCAAUAAUGUCGGAGAUACACCGCUGCACAAAGCUGCCUUCACAGGACGAAAGGAGGUUGUCAUGCUGCUGCUGCACUAUGAUGCAUGUGCUACUGUCAUCAAUGGGACAGCACAGAUACCCAAAGAUGUCACUCAAAACGCAGAGAUCAGAGGCAUGCUGGAAGCUGCCGAGAGAACGGAGGAGAGAAAACUGGAGGAGGAACUCCUGGAAGCUGCACGAGAAGGAGACCUUUCAACUUUAACUCAGCUGCUCAGCAGGAAGAAGACCCCAGACAUCAACUGCACAGAUCUGCUGGGAAACACUCCGCUGCACUCUGCGGCCUACCGAGGCCAGAAGCAGUGCGCCCUGAAGCUGCUCAAAAGCGGAGCCAGCCCCAACGUCGAGAACAAGAAAGGUCAGACAGCGUUCGACCUGGCUAGUGAUACAGCAAUGAAGGUGGUCCUUGAAGGCAACGCUCAUCGAGGUGUGACCCGCCAUGUCAAGAAAUACGAAGGACUCCUCUGGAAGAGCUCCAGAUUUUUUGGCUGGCGCUCCUACUGGGUCGUCCUCCAAGACGGGGUUUUAUCCUGGUACUCAAAACAAUCGGAUGCAGCAGACAAUGUGAGAAGACAAGGCUGCAAGUCGCUCACACGUGCUCAGUGUUUGCUCCGAGCCAAAGAGAGCUGCUUUUUUACCCUCAAGUGCUUCGAUGAUAGCAUGCAUCACUUCAAAGUAUCACCUAAAAACGACCCAGAGGCAACGGCAAAAGCGUGGCUGGACGCUCUGGGCGAGCACUCGGCUUACAGCACACACUACUGCUCCCAAGAGCAAGGCAGCGAGGAGGACGAGGACGAGGAGGAGGUGGAGUCUCUCGGGGAGCUAACGGACUCACUACAGGCGGCAGAGGCCAACCAGAAGAAACUGGAAAAGGAGGUGGAGGAUUUCCUGUCCAUGCUGAGAAAUGACGGGCUGGCAGAAAGUUUUCCAUCCGCCAUCACACAGAAAUUACAAGAAAUCAGUGAGUUGUCCAGCGAGACCAGUUCCAGCCUCGGUUUGUGUCUCGGCCUCCUCUCCAGACAGCAGGGGGUGCGCAGUCUGAAAUUGGAGCAGGAGGUGGAGAAGAACAAGAUCCUCUCCGAAGCGCUGCAGACUCUCGCCACAGAGCACCACGAACUUGAGCAAUCCGUCGUCAAGGGAUCGUCGCCGCGGAGCGCCCUCAGCGAGGAUGAGUUCCACGACGCCCUGUCUGAAUCUGACUCGGAGAUCUCCCUGAGCGGCUUUGAGACGGUGGCCAGCCAUUCCUGUGAGGAGGACGAGGAGGAGGACGAAGGCUCUGUCAUGUUAUUAAGCAGCCCUUGCAGCAGCCCCACCAGCAUGUUGCGGGAGGAUCACCAUGGCGACAAGGACGAGACUCAACCCAACGGGAUCACAAAGCAUAGGACCAGCUUACCUGCCCCAAUGUUCUCAAGGAAUGACUUCAGUAUUUGGAGUAUCCUGAGGAACUGCAUUGGAAUGGAACUCUCCAAGAUCACAAUGCCAGUGAUCUUCAACGAGCCGCUGAGCUUCUUGCAGCGUCUGACCGAGUACAUGGAGCACACGUACCUCAUCCACCAGGCCAACGCCUGCUCCGACUCUAUUGAGAGGAUGAAGUGUGUGGCUGCGUUCGCGGUUUCCGCUGUGGCCUCGCAGUGGGAGCGGACCGGUAAACCAUUCAACCCUCUGCUGGGAGAAACCUACGAGCUGGUCAGAGAUGAUCUGGGUUUCAGGCUCUUAUCAGAGCAGGUGAGCCAUCAUCCUCCGGUCAGCGCCUUCCACGCUGAGGGUCUGAAGCAGGACUUUGUGUUUCACGGAUCCAUCUACCCCAAACUCAAGUUCUGGGGCAAGAGUGUGGAGGCGGAGCCGAAAGGCAUCAUCACGCUGGAGCUGCCCAGGCACAAUGAAGCCUACACUUGGACAAAUCCCACAUGUUGUGUUCACAACAUCAUCGUGGGCCAGCUGUGGAUCGAGCAGUAUGGAACUGUGGAGGUGGUCAACCACAGAACUGGUGAAAAGUGCUGCCUGAAUUUCAAACCAUGUGGCCUUUUUGGCAAAGAGCUGCACAAGGUUGAAGGUUAUAUUCUGGAUAAAAGCAAAAAGAAGCUGUGUGCUCUCUACGGGAAGUGGACAGAGUGCCUGUAUGUUGUCGACCCGGCCGCCUUCGAGGCGCACAAGAAGAACGACAAGAAAGGCGCUGCAGAGAAAAAAAGCAGCAAAGCGGGUUGCAGCGGGGAUCAGGAGGAGGUUCCCUCUCCAGCUGCAGACACUGUGGAGAUGAUUCCUGGCAGCCAGCUGCUGUGGAGAAUCGCACCCAGACCGGCCAACUCUGCAGAGAUGUACAGCUUCACGUCGUUUGCAAUGCAACUGAACGAGCUGCGUAAAGAGAUGGAGGGAGCCAUCCCUCAGACGGACUGCAGGCUGAGGCCAGACAUACGAGCCAUGGAGAACGGAGACAUCGAUCUCGCCAGUGAGGAGAAGAAAAGGCUCGAGGAAAAACAGAGAGCUGCUCGCAAAAACCGCUCCAAAUCUGAUGAAGAGUGGAAAACGAGGAGUCCUGCCCUCGGCCCAAGGUGGUUUCAGCAGGGUCAGAACCCCCACACCAGCUCCCAGGACUGGCUCUUCUCUGGUGAAUACUGGGACCGGAAAUACAGCCAUCUGCCAGACAUUUACUAACGGACAUUUUCUUCAAAGGACACUGCACCAUACAGCGUCCUUUGUACGGAGCAGCAUUAGCAGUUUUUUUUGUUUUUUUUAAUGCAUAGCAACAGUAACUACAAGCAAUAAUACUUUAACUGCGUGGCCUUAAUCUACUUUAUGAUUGUAAAAUUGUGCAUAAAAAUGUCAAUAAUCAAUAUUUAAGCAUUAUGAAAUGUGAAGUUGUUUGGCAAUGCUUUGAAAUGUAGCAUUUGUAUUUGCAUUUAGUCCAGUUUGUUUCUGUGCUUAACGGACUUUUAGCACAGGGGUUCGUGGUUUUAGUGUCCUUUUGUCUUCUUUUAAAUGUUAAUAAUACUGACUCUAAAUGUAUUCCUGUAUAUAUAUAUAUAGACUUUACACACAUUCAACCAGUAACCUCAUCAUGUCGUCCACAUUCCCUCUGGUCUCCAAACUCACUAAAUCACAAGCAGUCAGUAAAUGUGAGGUUGAUGUGUGGGUGUUGUUUCUGCUGAUGUAGCUUGUAUUGUAAAAAACAUGCAUACAAAAAAUCAAUAUUAAACUUGACUGUUAUUGAUUGUUUUUCCCCACUGAAUACUGUGAUUCCAUAAAACCCAUAUAAAAAUGUAGUUAUCUGAAGAGGUUUAUUAUUAUGUUUGUGAACCCUGAACUGUUUGUAUCAUACAACCUGUCAAUCAUACUAGACAACGUUGAUUUGGGGGGUCAAAAGGUCACAUGAUGUAGAAACUAUUGGAUUUUAUGGCGUUUUUGUCCUCCAUGUAAAGCAUUGAAAGUAUU